AUGAGUUGGAAGUCAUUAAUUGAGUGCAAUAUUGUCCCUCAAGUGAUGUCGGAUUCACCACCAAAUGUCUGUCAGGUAUGGGAUAAGUGUGUGGAGAGCGCACACACAUCGGUGUGUCCUCUCAUAGGCGUCAAUGAAAUGCUGUUCACAGACAAGGGAUCCGCUUCUAAUAACUUGAGUCUUAUAACUGUCUUCUCUCGUCCACCGAAACCCAAAUUAACG